GCUGUCGCUCGUAGUGUCCACAAUUGUAACUAAGUUGCCAAUUUAUGAAGUUUACACCCGUGGUUUUGCGGCGUUUGUGCAAUUCAAUCAUAUUUCAAUCGUGUUAAUAAUAACUUUAACCGAAAAUACUUCCCUAGCUCGCUUCGCAGACUAUCUAGAGGCGUCUUUGCUGGUACACGUUUUCUCAAGUUGUAAAUAACUCUUCAGGAAUGGUAAUGGAGGCUCCCCCAUCUCCCCAAAGUGUAGGAAGGGAAUUCGUUCGACAAUACUACACUUUGCUGAACAAGGCCCCUGCUCAUCUACACCGAUUUUACAACCAAAACUCUUCUUUCAUUCAUGGCGGUUUGGACCCACCGAAUCGCGAAACCAGCCCUGUCAUCGGCCAGAAACAAAUCCACCAAAAAAUCCAACAACUGAAUUUCCACGACUGUCAUGCUAAGAUCACCCAGGUUGACUCUCAAGCCACUCUCGGCAAAGGCGUUGUCGUCCAAGUGACCGGCGAGUUAUCCAACGCCGGUCAACCGAUGCGUCGUUUCACUCAAACCUUCGUAUUGGCCGCCCAAAGUCCCAAAAAGUACUACGUUCAUAAUGACAUCUUCAGAUACCAGGACGAGAUCAUCUCCGAUGAGGAAUGCGAACCGGAAAACCGCUCUGAACCGGAAGACGAGACUCCGCAAGAGUGUCAAGUUUUGAACGAUGUCCAGCAGAUGAAUCAAGCGCCGAUCAACUACUACAAUCCGACUAAUACACCCAUGCAGGCUAAUAUGGCGCCGGUACCCCAUCACCAGCAACCCCAUGUUUUAGCUCCGCCAGCGGUGCCCCAGGUUAAUGGAGCGGUGCAUCCGGAUGAUAUCAGCGUAAUACCUGGACCUGUGCCCCAUGUCAAUGCCGCAGCUCAAGGACAGGUCAUUCCGACACCCAUCACCAAUAUCCAACCAUCGACGAUUGUACCACCGUUGAAUCCAACGGCGCCGGUCGAGGAAGCCCAAAAUGAACUCCAGAAUGAGGAGCAACCGGAAAUUAAUUACAAUGAAGUGAACGAGCAGGAAAAUGAACAAGAUUUGAACCAAGAGCCGGUGGCGUCUAAUGAACCUAAAACCUACGCUAAUUUGUUAAAAUCUGGCAACAACGUACCGUUUAAUAAUCCACCAAUGGGUACUUCAGGACCGGCUCAGCAACCACGAGCUGUAUCACCGCCGAAUAUGGGGCCCAGGGGAGAACAAGGAGGUCUAGGAAAUCGUAAUAACAUGAACCGUGGACCUAGGGUUAACCAGCAAAGAGUUCAGAAACAAGAUUCGGUUCGGGGAGCCCCCGGUCGGCCUUCUUUUAACGAAGAAGAUGAUCGGAAACGACCUCAAGGAAACAAUUUCGGCGAUCAAAACCAACUGUUUCUGGGAAAUUUGCCCCACAAUGCGACCGAGGAAGAGUUACGAGAGAUUUUCUCUGAAUUUGGUUCAAUUCUCGACUUGAGGGUUCACACAAAACCAGCCAAUAAAGCAACACUUCCAAACGGUCGUGCCCCACCAAAUUACGGUUUUAUUACUUAUGAAACACAAAGUGGUGUUCAAAAUUGCUUAGCUGCAAAGCCGAUUUAUUACCCGAAAGAUGACAAAAACGGCACUCAAUUGAACGUUGAAGAAAAGAAGACCAAGGAUCGUCAGUCGUACGGAAGCGGUCGUCCAAGUAGCAAUGAUAAUCGUUCGCGCGAUUCCGGUCCUCGUAGGAGCGGUCCGGGUCUGGGAGGAGCCAAUAGAAACAACGCAACGGGAGGGAGUCAAUCGGGUAUAAUACCGAAUCGGACCAACAACUAUAAUAGAGGCGGAGGACCCCCGAAUCGAGGUCCGAACACGUACAAUCGUCGCUAAUAUGUCUUUGUCGUAUCAUAAAGUGAACUUCGCGCGAACGAAUUGUGAAUGGGACGUGUACAGUGUUCAAGAACGGAUCAAGACGUUAGUGCCAAUAGUGGUUCAUUAGCUGCAUAUUUACAUCAAACCAUUUCUUUUUCCUCUUGUUUAGGGUUGUUGGACAAUGUCCGAAUUGAUAUCCACCAAUCAAUACUAAUAGUUCUCUUUUUCAAGUACUUAUUGGCUGUGUUGUAUAAUGCGAUUGGUUGAUAAAAAAAUGGUAUCGUUCGGAGGUUGAGUAACGAUAAAAAACAAUGUUUCGAGCAGUUUUAUGGUUUGAACUUAAAUAUAAGCAGGUCACCACGGGUCAUACGUUACAAUUAUUUUACAUAACCUAACAGCUGUAUGCAUGUUGAUGUUAGUAGCUGCUAACUCGUAACUAAAUUUUCUACUAGACCCUUAUUUUUUAUUUUUUAAUGCCAAAUGUACAUUAUAUAGGAAAUGUACAUAAAUAAAGAUUUGAAUAAAAAGUAGUCUUUUUAUGUGAGUAUGAUAUUAAAGAAAUUAGUAGAAAAUUUAGUGUAUUUAGCUUCUAAGGUCACCUAUUCAUAUGGUUCUAAACAUAAUUAAGAACUUUUGCAAUUGUAUUUUUUCAGUUACUUUUAAGUAUUUAUCUUUUUUUAAGGUUCAUUAAGUACUUUCUUUCGAAAAUUAUUUUAUUCAAGUUGUAUCCAACGUCAAACGCAACUUGAUUUAUUAUACACAAUAGAAAGUUUUUAUCUUUUGCAGCUAACCAAUUUUGAUUUUAUCAAAAUUUUUAAUCAGUCACCCAGCCAUAAUUUUUGUUAAAUGCUUUAAAGUGUUUGUGUCCAUGUUAAGUUCAAGUUACAUGUAAAUAAAUAGAGGGUGUAUUCCCCAUUUUAUUUAAGGUAGCAUGUGAAAGCGUUUUGUUAAUUUUUAUAAAUUUGUCUGGUGAAAAAGUGGAAUGUUAUUUACAGGCUUAGUUUCACUUUUUUAAUUCCCUAGAUUUUUGUUACAGUAUUUGUUCCUUUUUCCCUGUGAUAAAUCACCUUUUCUCUCAAAAAAUACACUUGACACCGUUUUAACCAAAGUUCUUCCUUCGCUAAACUAAGACUUGUGCAGGUUCCACUAGUCACAAUUCAACUUUCAGGAUCUUUUCAGUUUGUCGUUCCUGUAAUAUUGUCAAAUUGUUAUUAGUAACAUUAAAGGAAAUUGUUACAGCAA